AUGGGAAUGGUUCCUCUGUCUGUUCCUGUAGUGAUGGAAUACCAGAUGCAGAUUGACGGCGUGAAGGCCAAGCUGAAGGAGACGCGCGCCCGCAGGAAACAACAGGAGGACCUCAUCAUGAAGGUGGAGAACCAGGCCCUGAAGAACCGCUUUCAGGCUCUGCUUAAUGAAAUUAUCCACCAGGAGGAGAGAGAGAUGGAGCAGCUGGCCUCGCUUCAGGAGCAGCUGGACUCGCUGAUCGAAAAGUGACCCAAGUGACCAGCAGGGGGCAGCCAAGUGUCAAAUAGGCGCAGUGAGAACCAUGGGGGAAGAGCGAAGAAGCAUCUGCCACCUCUGACAGCCCUCCGUGACAUGCUGUGUCAUUCCAUUAUACAUUUUCCCUUUAGCCCACAGACAUCAUGAUUCAUUUUUAUUUUGUAUUGUUCCUAUUUGAAUUCUGGGAUGUUGUCAUGUUAGUAGGAUUAUAGAAUGAGGGUUGUCUGUCUGCUACUCUGUAUGAAUAAACACUUUGUUUUACCAUUCAA